AUGCAUUGAGCGAACGUGAUGAACAAGUUGGGUUCGUUUGUUCACUGGGCUGAACUGACCAAUCGGGGCACGUUGUCGUGUGUUUGUGGCGGAUUGGGGGUACAGUGACAGCUGGAAAGAGCCUCCCCGCGGGCUGCAGCGAAGCCAGUUAGCUGUAGAGUCAGUAUAUGAGUGGAAACCCUGACUGAGAGCACGCGUUGUAGCAUUCCAAGUAUGCUAUGCUAUCUCGCUCCUGAACAUCGGUGCCAUUUCCCCAUCACAUUAAUCAUAAUCGCAGGGAACGCGUUGGUGAAGUGGGAGACCGAUUUCUAACCAGGAAUCAAACCGUUCACGCAAAGCACAUCAUCGUUUCUGACGUGGACCAAUAUACUGGGAUUAUAUACUACGCCGAGAAUUUAUACCCGCGCUAGCAGACGAAGGGGACAGGGGAAAGACUAUGUUUGGAGCAAUGAGCAUCUGAUUAUCAUAGCAAACUUGGCAUCCAACCGAAGGGUGAAAUACACGCCGCGCUUCCCGCGUUGGCUAUCUAGUCGAGUCCGCAGGUGUCGGGUUAGGAUAUGGACAAGUAGGGUCAGCUAGUCAAUAGCUGCCAGCUCCUGUCCACCAUCUUUUUCAACAACGUCCCAAGUGCCAUAAACUACAUCUUUCAAGUAUGACUUAUCCAAGACUAUGUUCGUCCAUUUCUCUUACUCCAGAGCAACUCGCCUAGCGGAUACCAGUGCUACGGCCAGUACGCCAGCAGCACAUACAUGGAAGGGAAUGGGGAGGCGUAGAGCCGCUAUUUGCAGUAGGUCGAUUCUGCAGUCUGCUUCACUAGCAGCUCUUCUGCUUCAGUUUGCCAUCUUUACAGCUCUUAUUUCAAAAGUGUAUUCAGGUUGUGAUAUCUUGUGGUGUUCGUACCAGUACGAGGCAGACACAGACCCGUUGGAUCCAGGUCCAUAUCCAGACUUUUGCCGUGCCUUGCAGAGGUAUCAGCGCUGCGUGGACAGAAUAUCUCCGGGAUCGUGUCGGGGCGAUCUCCACUAUCAUUCCACAAAGACGGUUAUCCCCGACUUGCAAAGGAACUACGAAUGUGCACGAGUGCUACGAGAAUUGAAUAACCCAAGCCCAACCAGGGCUGUGGAAACGACGACGAGGUCGUCGCGCAACGGCGGUAACAACGACAGUGAUUCUCCAAGCAAGGGUCGAGGGAAUAACGGCCGUCUACCGUACUAUCCGGAUAUUCUAUCAGACGCACCUGAAACAGGAGGAUCGCAGAGGUGUCAGUACUCGGGCUCCAGGAGCUUCAGACAUUGCGGACUCUUUGGAGACCCACAUUUGAGAACGUUUGAGGAUUUGUUCCAGACGUGUAAAGUGGCCGGUGCGUGGCCAUUGAUUUACAACGACUAUUUGACAGCCCAGGUUACAAACGUUCCCUUGGUUCAUGGUUCUGGUGCCACAGCUACAAACAAGUUGACUGUGAUUAUCAAACCCUUCCGGGACGGCGAGUGCGCACAGAGGAAACUGUACCAAGCCACCGCUGGAAAUCUACCCACAACUUUUGACGACGGGACAGUCACGAGCGGUCGCGAGGAAGGCGUCGUCAUCAUCGAAGUCAUCCCCGAUGAGCACAUCGAGAUUCACAUUCGGUACAUCGCGACGUUGAUUGUCAUCCGCCAAGUCGGCCGAUAUAUCACUUUUGCCAUUCGAAUGCCUGAGGAACUGAUCCAAUCCCAAGGCGCAGAAGACAUGCAGCUCUGCGUCCGGGGUUGUCCGGUCUCAGAACAGAUCGACUAUGCCACGUUCUUGAGCCAAACUACGCGUGCAGAUCGCAACUACAAAGAGCUCCGGACAGAAGCCAUUGCCAAAUGCAAAGAAGCUAAAAUCUACGACGAAUAUUUAGACUCGUGCGUCUUCGAUCUCCUCACAACGGGCGACGCGAACUUUACACAAGCCGCGAAGAGCGCCCUCACCGACGUGAAUCGUCUUCAUCCAAAUGCUUCCUUUCUUUUCAAAAACAGGACUAGUGUGUUUGAAAAUGCAUCCUUCCCAGGAUACAGGGACAUUGAUGGUGGAGCGCCACCAAGAACUUAUUUAUUUCGUCACCUACAGUUCAACCUAGCAAUGGUACUUCUCUCAAUACUCAUCAGUAGUUAUAUGUCGUCAUGGUGUCAUAUUCAACGGUGACACACCCAACCCCAUCCCAGUUUUGUAAGCCCCUCCCCGAAAUCCCAUAUUAUUUUGUAUAUUAUUUUGUAAAAAAUAUAUUAUAUUAACUUGUAUUGAAAUCUAUUAUAUAAUUCAAAUCAUCCUGAGCAAAUGCUGUACAUACAAUUUAUUAGAGAUAUUUGGAAUACUUGUCAUCAGUUAAAAUUUAUGAAAGUAAAUGGAAUGUUCCAACAUUUAAAACACUACUCUAUUAAUGCAAAAGAGCUCAUUUAGUCCCAAAUCACACUCCUUGAGAAGUGAUAUUAAGGAGAAGUCUCUUUAGAGAGAACUAAACUUCUUAAUAAGUAAAUAAUAGCUCUUUCUGUCAUGAACUGUAUCUGCUUAGAAUUUUUCACUCCAUAAGAGGUAAAUAUCCAUUCUCAAAAGAUGCAAAUCUUACUCCAAAUGGAUUGUAGUUGUCCGAGAGGAGUGUGACUAGGGACCAGACUAGCUCUUUUUCAUUUAGAGUAAUACUCUUGAAUAUACCAAAUUUGAAAGAAAAUACAUUUUAAAAAAGAUAUUUCUCUUGUGGAGGAAAAUGACGGACAGCAGUUUUGAAUUGCUCAGGGUAUAUUUGCUGACAUGGCUUUGCUAAAAAUGGAAUUAAAUAUGUGACAAAGUUAAAACUUUA